UCGGGAACGGUUGUUGUUCUGAUCAAGAUGGCUGCUGUUGUCCUGGAUGGAGACUGAGCUCAGGCUGUCAUCCCGACACAGGCCGAGGAAACGCACCGAACCCGCCCAACUGACGACCGUGUAGCCCGAACGGACCCGAAACCGAACCGCUUGAACCCGUUUUAAUUCUCUGCUUAAGUAGGGGGCGCCGUGACACACCGCAGACAUGGACACCACUACGUCCAUCAAGAUGACCACUCUGGCCAUCCAGAACCUGUUCAGCUACGUGGAGGAGGAGAACCUGUCUGCUCUCAAAGCUCACCUGGACCGAUUCAAGGAGGUGGACGGACGCAGCGACAACGGUCAGACUCCUCUGAUGCUGGCAGCGGAACAGGGCAGUCUGGAGAUCGUCCAGGAGCUCAUCAGGAGAGGAGCCAAUGUAAACCUGGAUGACGUGGACUGUUGGUCGGCUCUGAUCUCUGCAGCUAAAGAAGGUCACAUGGACGUGGUGAAGGAGCUGCUGGAGAACAGCGCCUACAUCGAGCACCGAGACAUGGGAGGAUGGACGGCUCUGAUGUGGGCGGCUUACAAAGGUCGUGUGGAGGUCACCACGCUGCUGCUGGAACAUGGAGCUAACCCCAACACUACAGGACAGCAAUACAGCGUUUAUCCCAUCAUCUGGGCGGCAGGCCGAGGACACGCCGACAUCGUCAAGCUGCUGCUGCACAACGGAGCUAAAGUCAACUGUUCUGACAAGUAUGGCACCACUCCUCUGAUCUGGGCGUCCAGGAAAGGACACUUUGACUGUGUGAUGUACCUGCUGGAGAACGGAGCCGACGUCGACCAGGAGGGGGCGAACUCAAUGACGGCUCUGAUCGUGGCAGUAAAAGGCGGCUACACUGAAGUGGUGAAAGAGCUGCUGAAGAGAAACCCUAACGUCAACAUGACCGACAAGGACGGAAACACGGCGCUGAUGAUCGCCGCCAAGGAGGGAUACACCGAGAUCGUCCAGGACCUGCUGGACGCAGGAACGUACGUCAACAUCCCAGACCGGAGCGGCGACACGGUGCUGAUCGGAGCGGUGAGGGGUGGACAUGUGGAGAUCGUCAGAGCUCUGCUGCACAAAUACGCAGACAUUGACAUCAGAGGACAGGAGAGCAAGACGGCUCUGUACUGGGCCGUGGAGAAAGGAAACGCCACCAUGGUGAGGGACAUCCUGCAGUGUAACCCCGACACUGAGACCUGCACCAAGGAUGGAGAGACUCCUCUGAUCAAAGCUACCAAGAUGAGGAACAUCGAGAUUGUGGAGCUGCUGCUGGACAAAGGAGCUAAAGUGUCGGCUGUCGACAAGAAAGGAGACACUCCCCUCCACAUCGCCAUCAGGGGUCGGAGUCGCCGCCUGGCCGAGCUCCUCCUCAGGAACCCCAAAGAUGGCCGCCUGCUCUACCGACCCAACAAAGCCGGAGAGACGCCGUACAACAUCGACUGCAGCCACCAGAAGAGCAUCCUCACACAGAUCUUCGGAGCUCGUCAUCUGUCCCCCACAGAGACCGACGGAGACAUGCUGGGUUACGAUCUGUACAGCUCUGCUCUGGCUGACAUCCUGAGCGAGCCCACCAUGCAGCCUCCCAUCUGUGUGGGUCUGUACGCUCAGUGGGGCAGCGGCAAGUCCUUCCUGCUCAAGAAGCUGGAGGAUGAGAUGAAGACGUUUGCAGGGCAGCAGAUCGAGCCGCUGUUUCAGUUCUCCUGGCUCGUCGUCUUUCUGUCUCUGCUCGUCUGCUGCUCCGUUGCCGUCAUCCUGGGCUUUACCGUCGACCCCAAGCUGGCUAUGGCCGUCUCCCUCAGCCUGCUGGCUCUGCUUUAUCUCUUCUUUGUGGUGGUGUACUUCGGCGGCCGUCGGGAGGGCGACAGCUGGACCUGGGCGUGGCUGCUCAGCACCCGUCUGGCCCGUCACAUCGGGUAUCUGGAACUGCUGCUGAAGCUGAUGUUCGUGAACCCACCGGAGUUGCCGGAGCAGAGCACCAGAGCUCUGCCUGUCAGGUUCCUGUUCACAGACUACAACCGUCUGUCCAGCGUCGGAGGAGAGACGUCGAUGGCUGAGAUGAUCGCGACGCUGUCCGACGCCUGCGAGAGAGAGUUUGGCUUCCUCGCCACACGUCUGUUCAGAGUGUUUAAGACUGAGGAGACGCAAGGUAAGAGGAAGUGGAAGAAGACGUGCUGCGUGCCGUCCUUCAUCUUAUUCGUCUUGGUGCUGGCCUGUCUGAUCACCGGCAUGGCGCUGCUGGCCGUCUUCAGGGUGGACAGCGAGAACCGCACGGUGAACGCGGUGCUGAUCGCAAUCGGUAGCGUGGUGGGUCUGGCUCUGCUGCUGAACUGCAGGACGUGGUGGCAGGUGACCGACUCGGUCCUGAACUCACAGAGGAAACGGCUGCACAGCGCCGCCAACAGGAUGCACAAACUAAAGAGUGAAGGCUUCAUGAAGGUCCUGAAACACGAAGUGGAGCUGAUGGCGAGGAUGGCGAAGACCAUCGACGGCUUCACGCAGCAUCAGACCAGGCUGGCAGUCGUCAUCGACGGGUUGGACUCCUGCGAACAAGACAAAGUCCUGCAGAUGCUCGACACGGUGCGGGUUUUAUUCUCCAAAGGCCCCUUCAUCUCCAUCUUUGCCAGCGACCCCCACAUCAUCAUCAAAGCCAUCAACCAGAACCUGAACAGCGUCCUCAGAGACUCCAACAUCAACGGACACGACUACAUGAGGAACAUCGUCCACCUGCCCGUCUUCCUCAACAGCAGAGGACUCUCUAGUGCCAGGAAGAUGUGUGCUGCUGCACCCGCUAACGGAGACACCACCAACACUGAAGCAGGUUGGCAUGAAGAGCUGGACAGGAAACUGUCUCAGCACAGUUUGGGAGAAUUAACCAAGUUUGGCAGCAAGACGGCACUGAACCGCCGGGACACGUACCGGCGGCGUCAGGUGCAGCGCUCAGUGACUCGUCAGAUGUCAUUCGACUUGACGAAGCUGAUGGUGACGGAGGAUUGGUUCAGUGACAUCAGCCCACAGACCAUGAGGAGGCUGCUCAACAUCGUCUCUGUCACAGGUCGUCUGCUGCGAGCCAAUCAGAUCAGCUUUAACUGGGACCGCCUGGCGUCAUGGAUCAACCUGACAGAGCAGUGGCCCUACAGGACGUCGUGGCUCAUCUUGUACCUGGAGGAGACCGACGGAGUCCCGGACCAGGCCACGCUCAAGACCAUCUACGAGAGGGUGUCAAAGAACAUCCCGACCACCAAAGACGUGGAGCCGCUGCUGGAGAUUGAUGGAGACGUUCGCAGCUUCGAGGUCUUUCUGUCGUCGCGAACGCCCGUCCUGACAGCCAGAGACAUCCGCACCUUCCUGCCCUGCACCGUCAACCUGGACCCCAAACUCAGAGAGAUCAUCGCAGAUGUUCGUGCAGCCCGAGAACAGAUGAAUAUGGGCGGGGUAACGUACCCCGCCCUCCCGUUGCAGGAGGCUCAGCCUCGCCCCACCUCGGUCUACAGUCAGGUGUCGUCGACCUGCUCGCCCUCCGCCUCCUUCAGUGGACCCUUCAACCAGCCAGCGGGGGGCGUUGUCUCCCCUCAGCCUCACAGCAGCUACUACAGCGGCAUGGCGGGCCCCCAGCACCCGUUCUACAACAGGCCAUAUUUCCCCCACCACGUUUACCAGCUGCCACGUCCACUCGUGGCCUCCUUCCCACCACACUUCCAUCCACGUCUGCCCACUAAAAGCUCCUUCAGCAGAGACGCCACCACCGCACUUUAUAAGAGUUCAUCUUUGAAAAGGAAGCAGGGCUCAGCCUCCGUCAUGUCAGGCACUCCCGCCAUCCUCCUCAGCUCCAUGACGACGGAGUCCGUCUGUGAGCGCGUGCGACAGAUUGAAGGCAUCGACCAGAGCAUGAUGGGACAGUAUACCGCCACCAUCAGGAAGGCAAACGUCAAUGGCAGAGUUUUGUCUCAGUGUAACAUCGACGAGCUGAAGAAGGAGAUGAGCAUGAACUUUGGAGACUGGCAGCUCUUCAGAGCCACGGUUCUGGACAUGCGUCACAUCGAGAGCCAGGUGUUACACGAGGAAGUUGCCAGUGAGCAAGGCAGCGUUGUUGGUGGUCACACUGAGGCAGGAAGGCGUGCAGUGGCUCCGCCCCACGCUGGUGCUGCCAACCCCGAUGCUUCGCCAAUGUACAGUUUCAACCUGAGCUUUGAGGAGCUGAGCAACGUGGGUCUAGAAGAGGCACCACGACAUGGAAACAUGCAGUGGAUGGGUGGCCCUCACCGCACCGCCAGCAUGACCAGCCUGAACUCUCAGGAGUCCUCAAACGACAUCUCCAAGCUGACGGACAAGCAGCAGGCCGAGUACCGUGAUGCCUACCAGGAGUACAUCGCCCAGAUGGCCCAACUGGAGAUGGGCGGCGGCGUUGGAGAGAAACCCGUCCAACCUCAGCCGGGACAGUUCAUGACAUCAUCAUCUGAUGACAAGAGCAAGGACAGCACAGAGCCAGAUGGACGCAAAUUCUUCAACAAGAGAAGCGGCAGCAAGCCAGCUGCAGACAACACUGAGUUCGCCUCCAACGGUGAAGCGCUAGACCCCAUCACAGAGGAGGAUGAAAAAGGUGACCACGGAUCCUCCAAGUCCAUGUUGACCCGCAAGACCUCAGCUGAAAGAGUUGGGCUGUUCCAGGGCGCUGCUGACCUGAAGCUGAAGGCUGGUGGAGGGCUGCGCUACCAGAAGCUGACCAGUGACGAUGAGGAGUCCGAGGAGUCAGAUCAUGCCCCCUUGUUGAAAGACGGCAAGAAGAUGGUCGACCCCAAACUUCCCGGCGGCUCACUGGCGCUGAAGGGGAAGGACUACCUGUCAGACGCCAUGCUGGACAAGAAGGAUUCCUCCGACUCGGGGGUUCGGUCCAACGAGAGCUCGCCCAACCACUCGCUGCAGGACGAGGAGGCGGACCUGUCACAGCUGGAGAGGGCCAACCUGAUCGAACUAGAUGAGGAGAGCCUUGCCAGGAAGCGUGGCCUUCCCAACAGCCUCAGCGGCCUCCAGGACCCGGCCGUGGCCCGGAUGUCCAUCUGCUCCGAGGACCAGUGCAGCCUCCUGGCCAGCAGCCCUGAGGAGAGCUGGACCUCUUCUAAGAGCUACAACCUGAACCGUAUGCCGAGCAACGUCACCCUCAACAACAACACCAACGCCCAACAGGGCAACCGCCCCCGCCAGCCAGCAGAGGGCUCCACCUCCUCCUCCAACCCAACCUCCUCCUCCUCCACCAGUGACGUCAUCCUCUCACCAAGCUCCGGGACCACCGGCACCACAACCACCACCACCACCAGGCCAGGGCCCAACAAUGAGAACGUCCGAGUGGUUCACCUGAAGAGGGGGCUGAAACCUGGAGACCCACCGGAGAUCUGCACUGUGUCCUCCGACACCGUUACCUUCGGCGAGGAGCGUGAGAGCAUCCUGUGAGCUCACAAAGAAGAUAAAGAGAGCACUGAGGGUCCACCAAGAGCUGCCCUCCAACCUCCCGGACCAACGAGAAGUGAAAAUAAACAAGUCGUAAUAAGGUUUGUCUUGACGUUUAACAAGUUGAAGAUUUAAAAGGUCGUGAAAUUUAACAAACGAGAAAAUACUGUUUGACAUUGUGAGAAAUCCUUUGAUGAGUUGAUUAAGCACUUGUUUGACUAAAAUUUAAGUAAUUUGGACUUUAAAACACUAAAAAUGUCUCACCGUUGAUACGGUGACAUAGAAGAGGUGAAGAGUGGCUGCUGGUGGACUCAUACUUUUAGUGUCUUGUAUCAUCAGUGGUGUUCUUGCAUGCUCACAGCUAUACUCUGUAGAUGAACCUGAAGCUUCGUAGUGACGUAGGAGCUAAAGUAAAGCUGCUGCAUGUUGUUAUUGUGAUGAUGUGACGUGUCGCCUCCAAGUAUCAACACUUUGGUAUUGUUAUUUGUUCAGUAGAUAAUAACUGUCACAAAUGGAACUUUUAGACUUGUUUGCAGGUAACCAGGGUCCAAAGAUCUGCUCUAAACUGAAGCUACAAAGUUGAACGUAAGUCACCAGCUGGUUGAACUUAUCCCUGUAGAUAUGAUUGUAUGGCUGUCUGUAGUGUAGAAAAAAGUGGACACCAGCUCGACUUGAGAUCUCAACCAGUGACACAAUCUCUCUCUGGAAGCUGGGGAGGAAUUUUAAGUUUCUGAGCUUAUACUGCAGACUAGUAGAACAUGACAGCAUGGAAAUCUGCUGCAAUCUGUUGAGUUCAAUCUGAUACAGGAAGUUUUGCAGCUUUACAAAGAUGCAAAAAAAAAACGUUGGAAACCAAGAUCGCAGUUAGAACAUGCUGAUCUUCAGGUGAUUUUUAGUGUGAUUCCAAAUUAGGAAACGCAUCAAAGUGCACAUCUGUCACUGGAGUCCACUCACAUCCACUGAACUAAUCUCAAUAUGGAGUUGUGGCAGGUAAAUAAACAGUACUAUUACAGUAUUAAGUUGUUAUAUUAGACAUCUUGUUUCAGCAGUAAGGAUAGAUCUGUUUACAUGUCAGUAAAUGUGCUUUUUUUUUUUUAUACUUUGUGUGCCAGUAACCUUUAUUAAGCUUUUUAAUGGAAGUGAUAAAAGAACACCUUCGACAUUACUCUCCUUUAAAAUACUAAAAUAUUUCAACAUUAAAACCAGUAAAACCAGUUUCUGUACUGGUUGUUUAUCUUAACACUAGUUUGUCCUCUUUAAAAGGAAAAAGACAGCAGAUACUAACAGGUCAGUUAAGUUUUAAAAACUGCUUUUUGUUUCUUUGUCUUAAAAAGAUGCCACUUUUACAGAUUCUCUUGAUUUAAUGUGAAAAACAAAGGCUCUCUUUAACUUUGAAAAAUGACGUUUUCACAGAAGCGUCUGAUUGAGCUGCGAGCAGAAACUGAUCGAUCGGCUCUUAAACUGUCAGUAUUGACUCCGUUUACAGUGUUGGUGGGUUUACAGUUGUUUGUGCUGAAGAUGUUUGUUUGGUUUAGAGUGAAAUGAACAAAUCAGUGGUUGUGUCUCAGCGUUGUGUAUUGUGACAUGCUUUCGUUGACUCCAUCAGAAAAUCAACCAUUUCAACUGAUCGAUCAAAUGCCUGAAUGAUUUUCUAGCAAAUACUUGAUGUCCCUGCUUCUCAAAUAGGAGAAUUUGCUUCUUUUCUUUGUUUCACCCGAGAGAAAAAAGGAUCUCUUUUGGUUUUGAACUGUUGGCCAAACAAAACAUUAGAAAGAUGUCACAUUCAAUAUUUAGAUCGUUUUUUCUGUGUUUUUUUCCUUUCAUUUUUAUCGUUAUUGAGAGGAGACAACGGUGGACAAACAGAAAUUUAAAAACACUAUUUUUUUUUUUACCUUAUUUAACUUAAUUCCAGUAAAUGCAACAGAGGUUUUGUUGAAAAAGUAAAAAGAAAAACAGUAAGAUAUUUCAGCUCUGCAGAUUUCCUUCAAAUUUCAGAAUGAAGUCAAACAUUUUAAUAAAAGCUGAGAACAAAGUUUUCUUCAAAUUAAAAGCCUCCAUUAUAUGUAUGUUUUUUAUGUAAAUUUGUGAUGUGUUCAUUUUUAAAGACAUAUUUAGGUGGUGCUGGAUGUUUUGUUGUAUCUGUUGUUCAUCUCAGUGCUCUCCAAUAGAUUUAACAUCUGUGACUCAUCUGAAGAUGAAUUUAAGGGAAUCUGUUGUCUCACUCUAAAGUAUUUAAUAAAAUCUGGAUGUUGAAUGUUAAA